AUGGCUCUUAGAAACUUGAUUAAAAGGGGUUUAGCAACGUCUGCAACGCCUCCGAAUGUGAAAGCGGGUAUUAUUAUAUCACGAACUCCAAUUGUGACAAAGGAAUUGAGUAAAUUGGAAAGCCAAUACUACGAAUACCAGAGCGAGUUAGAACGCAGACUUAUGUGGACUUUCCCACAGUAUUUCUACUACAAAAAGGGAACGUUAGCGGAACGACGGUUUUUGGCGCUUCAAAAGGGUCCGGUUAGCAAGCAGCCUGGGGUUUGGUUUCCAAAAGGUGUUCCAGACGUGAGACACAACAGAGAAAGAAGAAUAAAACAAGACAUCAAGUUACCGAGCGAAGCAAGUGUGGGGAGUGAAGGCGAUGGCUCAUCAGAAGAUCUUUCGAGACCCAUUACUCCAAACUCCAGAGUGACAGAGGCCGACAGGAAGGGUGAUCUGACGAGUCUUGAAAGAAGUCUGAGCAGGACUCUGUAUCUUUUAUUGAAAAGAACAAACGGUGAAUGGGCCUUUCCGAGCUUUAAGACGAAAUCUGAUCAUAGGUCUAACGAGAAUUUGCCAUUACAUGAUAUUGCCGAACAUGGACUAAGAUCCAUAGGUGGAGAGAACAUUAAUACUUGGACAGUCUCGCGGACCCCCGCAGCGGUACUCGCUGAUUCCAAAACGGCUGAAUUUUUCAUUAAAUCACAUAUUGUUGCAGGCAAAUUUGUAUUACAAAACACUAAGGAAUACACAGGCUUCGCGUGGUUGACAAAGGAAGAAAUACAGAACCAUGUGCAAAAGCCGUAUUUCGAAGAGCUCUCCUGCUUGCUAUCAGACGUUUGA